AUGCAGGGAGGGGGGAGCAGCGGUGGGUUGUAUGGAGGCGUCGGCGGGGGGGUUCCCAGCGGGAAUGGCUCCAGUGCGCAGGGUGUGGUGAUCCCCCCGAGGAAGAACGAACCUAUGUACAGCGGUGUCGUUAGCGGUGUGAUUAGCGGUGUGAUUAGCGGUGUGAUUAGCGGCCUGGAGAGCGGCUUGAAGAGCGGCAUGGAGAGCAGCCUAAAGAGCGGCUUGAAGAGCGACGUGGGGGAGGGGAAAAGGAGCAACCUGUGCGAAACGGUCAGCACCUACUGUAAGGAGAACUCAAACGAUGCGUCCAAAAUAGGCGAAGGCCUCUUUCAGGGAGGCGGCUCGAUGGGCGUCAUGCCCAUUGAAGGUGUGAAGGACGAUCAGCUGCCACAUCACCUCGCCCCCCCCAAAGUGACAGACCCGAACAGUAACAAGCAUGCCAGUUGUGUUGACAGCCAGAAAAUGAGGAAGGACGUAAAGGCAAAUAAAAUGAUGGAGGAUGUAAAGACCAGCAAAAUGAUGGAGGCACAUGCGAACCACUCAUUUGUGAGCGGCAAAAGUGGGCACUUGAGUAGCGGCAGGUUCAAUGAGUACUCGAAGCAAAUCGCGGAGGAGCAUUUCCAAGGGGACGUGAACCCUAACCCUAGUGAGCAGAACGGAGGCGGACCGUUUGGUGAGGGGAAGCCCGGCAUUCCGCACUACGCGAAGGGUGGCGGGGCUGGCGGCGUUAGUGGGGUUGGCGGUGUUAGUGGCAACGCCAAGGACGAUGGCAGCAGCGUGGACGACCUGCCGAAGGAACGCUUUUUCCUCGGCGGAGGCAACCGAGUGGGCAACCAAAACGGGCCCGCCACCCCCCAGUUCCGAGAAAGCUUUGUGCGCAACAAUAAGAAUGUCUAUGUGAAGGCUAGCAAUGGAGAGGUAAGGGGAUCCGCGGGGGCGAGGGACUAUAACGGUCCGAUGCAAAGCGGGUUUGACGAUAGAGGAGAUGCUGUUCCUUCCGUGGCGGCUUCCCCGAUGGGAGGGGCGAGACCCUUCCGGAAACACCCGAUGAAUCACAGCCGGGGUAGCGGCGAACAGAGAAUCGAGGACCAGGGCGGGCACUACGGGCACAGAGCGGAACUCGCUCCGGUAACGGUAGACCCCGAAAGAGCGUGCAAGGAAGAGGAGACCAAUGCUGCCAAAGUUCAAGAGAGGAGGUACGCCGUGCAGGCCGAGGUGCUGACGAAGCGGGCGGGUAGCAUAGGCCAGGAGAACACGGUGAGCAGCAGCACCAACAGUGGCAGCAGCAACAACGGCAGUAGCAAUUAUAGCGGCGGGGGAGGCCACUACGCGGUUGGCGGUAAUUACGCAGUUGGGGGGAACCACCCGGUUGGUGUUAACUACCCCGUUGGUGGCAACUUCCCGGCUGGCGGCAACUACCCCGUUGGUGGUAAUUUCCCGGUUGGCCCCCAGAACGCGUACCCCCAUGCCAGCCUGAACAGCGCAGACGCGAACAACGUGAUGAUGGCCAUGAUGCAGAACCCAAUGAAUUGCAGUGCAGGUGUCGUAGCGAGCCACGUUAGGAAGGGAGCACCUGUCGGCGCGGCAGCAAUCCCAAUCGGACUAGCCCCAGGCCACAUGGCACACAGCCCAAGGGGCAUCAACAACGAUAGCAGCGUUCCAAACGAUUUGUUACUGAAGGGGAAAAAUUUCGAGGAGCUCAUAUGCAGCAAGGGCUACGUCCCGAGUAGGUACCCCCACCAUGCGUAUAACAAUGUGAGUCCGAAGAUGGCUAGCCCGCUCCAGGGCGCGCCAAGUCCCCAGCACUAUGCAGUGCAUGCCGGGGUUAGCGGCGGUGUGAGCGGCUCCUUGAAUGGCAGUGUGCAUGGCGGGAUUCAUUGCGGCCUGCAGAACGGCCUGGAGAGCAGCCUACAUGGCGGAGUCCCUAACGUGCCGCUCAACAUCCCCGCCUGCGCGGGCGGCCCCGCCAAGCACAACGAAGAUUUGAGAAUGGCAGGAGAAAAAGGUAACCUCAAGAUGGCAGUCAACAGCAUGAGCAUGAGGUCUCCCGUGAGCCGAGAAAGCCCAGUGAUUCGAGACAAUCCAAUUUGUAGAGAGAACCCACUUUGCCGAGACGUCGCGGCGUACAACUCCGUGGGGGGCAUUUGCUGCAACAGGAACAGCAGUGUGGUCACCCCGACGAGCGGAGCAAAUGUCAACGGUGGCGGACCCGGAGCAGGAUGCGCCAGCAACAAGAUGCUAGCGCGAAAUGUAGAAUCCUUUAAUUACCUUAUGAAUAGCGAGCAGCCAGGAAACCACCUGAUGCAGCAACACGCGCUGGAGAAAUGCUCGAAGAAUAGGGGCUUGUUAAAUAGUAACUUAAAAAUGGAUGCUAGUAAAGGCUGCGCAAAGGUUAGGAGUGCACAUCAGCAGAGUGGUUAUGCGCACCUCGUGGUGCAGCCUAAUGGGGACGUACGGAAGGGGGGACCCCCUCCCCUGGCGAUGGCAGGAGGGGCGGGAGGAGUGGCAGGAGUGGUAGGAGCGCCUGUAGGAGUUACCGGAGGGGCAAUGCUUUUGCACAACCAGAACGGAGGCCUCGGCGAGUACGCACAGCAUUACUAUGAGCAGCAACAUCUGCCCCUCCAGGCGUACUCUCCCCACCAGGGGUACUCUCCCCAUCAGAUGCACUCCCCACAUCAGGGGUACUCCCCCCACCAGGGGCACCCCCCAUGCGAAGCGGAGCGCGGGCAGCACGCCAAGUACCUCUCGAACAGCAGCGACCUGGCCAUCAAAAAGAAGGAGUACGAAAACGUCUUCCGCCUAUCGAAAAACCAGCUUCUAAAUCUGGAGAAUGAAAUAAGGUAUUUAAAAUCGCUAGCUGCGUAUAAUAUAAAGCCGAAGGAUUUGUAUUUCGAGACGUUCGAGGAGGCGGACGUUUUUACGUACGACGGCGGGGUUAGCGCAGUUAGCGGAGGGUGCAACGGUGGCGUGAUCAACAGAGGCUGCAACGGUGGCGCAGUUAGCCGAGGGUGCAACGGUGGUGGGAGCCCGAAUGGAGAUUGCUGCUAUUACCCCCACCAGCAGCACCCAGGGGGAGCGAGUUGCGCGGACGGCGGCGGCUCCCCCCCGGGCGGGAAACUCAAAAGGGAAAGGAGGAGGACCAAACUGUAUACGAACAGAUUUAGCAGCAAGCUAAAAUACACGGUAAUCGAGGAGGGGUCCUUCGGAGUGGUAUACAAAGGGUGGUACAAAGGAAUGCAUGUAGCUGUGAAAGUGCCAGUGGAUAAGAUGGCCAGACAGGACCCCUACGGAUUGACCAAAAGAUCCAUCAACGAGUGGAAAAUACUCUCCAAGUGUGACCACCCAAAUAUAAUUAAAUUAUGUGGAGGGAUUAUUCACAGCUAUUUUGACAUUUGGCUAGUCACCAAACUUGUUAACGGAUUGGAUCUCCACACAAUAAAAAAUAAUAUGAAGAAAGACGAUAAAGCAAUGAGCAUUGAUGUGUCUUUGAAAAUGUGUAGACAGCUAGCCAAUGUUAUUAACUUCUUACACACCCCCAUAAAAAAUAAAAAAAAUGUAAUAAUCCAUAGGGAUAUAAAGCCAGAAAAUUUAAUCGUAGAUAAUGAUUGGAAUAUACAUCUGUGCGAUUUUGGAGAUUCUGAAGAAUGUGAAGAUGGGAUUGUAACCAAUGUAUCUGGUGCUACGUGGAUUUAUGCUCCUCCUGAAUUGUUAACGUGUCAUCCGUUGAAGCAGAGUAGCGAUUAUAACUUUUUGGAGCAUACCAAGUUAUCUUAUAAAUGGGAUAUCUGGUCUAUGGGAUGCGUUUUUCAAGAGAUGAUGAAUUUGCCUUCCCCCUUCCAGCAUUACAUUAUAACCUUUGAUGAGUCGGACCAGAUUUAUGAAAAGCUGGUGGAUGUUUUCACGAGGAAGUUGCCUCCCUGUAUUCACUCGAAAAUUGAGAACUCCCCCUUCGCGGACAUCAUCCGGCUGUGCUUGAACUACGACCCGAACUUGCGCCCCACGGCGUCCGAAAUUGUGCAGCUGCUGAACCAGCCGGAUGAGUACCUCCUGCUCAAGAGGGCGUAG